AUGAUUCAGGCAAAGGCGUGUCAUAUUUUACUGAUACCAAUCAACACAAGUCACGAAAAUGUUGAAAAUACUAGAACUAAACUUCAAAUUCAUUGUAAACAGUACAGUAAACUCUGUGUCACAGUUCGAACACUAAAUGAAUACAUUUAUAACUAUAAUAUGGAAACUAACAGUUCCGAAAUAUUUUUUCCAUUUACUCACCAUAUUUCUAAGUAUGAUCGUGAAUUAUUUCGUCAAUUGGUAUGCAAGUUAGCACCAAUUCGAUUUUAUUUGAUUGGUAAUGACUUACGUUUUACAUUAACAGAUAGAACAGAAUGGGGCAAAAUAUUUCGUUCUGGCGAAAAGAGUAAAGGCUCUGACGUAUGGAAAUAUCUGAUCAAUGAACCAAUUCAUGACACAACUAAGGAAUAUAAAGAUCUUUCUCUUGGCCUUGAACGGUUGAUCAAAGAUACACUGCCAAUUCAAUUAAAUGAAAUUCUGACAAAUGAUUUGCAUAAUGAAUUUUGUCCAUUGAUUGAGAGGGUACAUUCGACCUUAGAUGAUCGUUCAAACACAGUCACGAGACAACUAAUCGAAUGGUCCACAGCACAUGUGCAACUUAGAAUAGAAAUAGGGGUAUUUCAUCAUUACACAUAUAAGUGUAGAGUAAUGUGUUUACACUGGGGUUCCCGCUCUUCGUCAAUAAGGCUUUCGUUAAUUAUUGGCGAAUGUCCGGGUGGUGUAUUGGCAAAAGUCAGGUAA